UGGAACAGAGUCUUAAAUUUACCUGUUUCUAAAACCCCUUUCUAGGGUUUAAGCCUUCCCUCUCCCAAACCAACGUCUAGGGUUUAUCAUAGCUAUGCUUCUCCGAAGUUCAUCGACGCCGAUACUGGAUUCAUGGCCCCCCAAUUCCAAAGAAUCAUCAUCCGAGCCAGAGAUGGUACCCCAAAUUCUUCUCAGUCGUUCCAUUUCAUUGACAACGAGUUCUUUGUCUUCAGUGGAAGGCUCAUCCAAGAACAUGUCCAGAGCGCUGUCUGAGACCGAUCUCCGGGAGCUUUCGCUCCCCAAACGGAAGCCUAUAACGAAAACUGUAAAUCGGCUCUCAUCAUUGCCGGUUGACGAGAGAGAGGAAGAAGAUUCGUGUCCGAUUUCGAGAACGGCGUCGUAUGGAGGGUUGUGGUGGGGUGUUGGAUCGGAUGCAGGGUGUGAAGGUGUUUGUGUUGAGGGUGGGAGCGAAGGUGGCGGAGGUUCGGACGGUGGAUAUGCGCAUGGGAAAUCAGGUUAUGGAGACUCCAAUAACGGGAAUGGUCAUAUGGAAUCUUAUUAUCGGACGAUGAUUGAGGCUAAUCCUGGGAACGCCCUUCUUCUUGGCAAUUACGCAAGGUUCUUAAAAGAGUGGGCUCAGGUUCGUGGAGAUUACAUCAAAGCAGAAGAGUACUGUGGGAGAGCAAUUUUGGCAAACCCAAAUGAUGGAAAUAUUCUCUCACUCUUCGCUGAUCUCAUAUGGCAGGUUCACAAGGAUAGUGAUCGCGCUGAGAGUUACUUCGAUCAAGCUGUUAAAGCCUCCCCUGAUGACUGUUUUGUUCUAGCUUCUUAUGCCCACUUUCUUUGGGAAGAGGAAGAGGAAGAGGAAGAGGAAGAAAAGGAAAGGGUAGAGGGAGAAUACAUGAAGGAAACAUCAUCACACUCAGUCUUCCAAGGCGCUCCUCCAUCACUACCUCCUUUAGCUGCUGCCUACUAGGCUAUAUUUUCCUCACCCUACUACUUGUAUAAAAGCGUGGUUUUAUGAAUCUCUGUUUUCUCAUUUCUAUUGUAAACCUUUUAGUUAUUCUCGUUCCGUAAUUAUUUUUGGAGUUUUGUAAGAGUUGUAAAUUUGCUGGUGAAAUGAAAAUUCUUUUUGGUAUCUGGAAAAAA